CUCGAUGAUGCCCCGGAGUCCUGUGUUUCCAUGUGUGAAUCCUACCUAAGGAGGUGUGAGAAAUAUUACUCCAUCAGACAAAAUCCUGGACAGGAGACUCGUGACGUUUAAUGAUUGAAUAAUUGGAUUCCUUUUGUGUGCCAGGCCCUGUGUGAGGCCUUGGGGAAUGAAUGUCAGCUUCUCUGUGCUGGGGAACUUUGAUGGGAAUGAGUGAAGGCAAGAGCGUGGACAGACAAGCCACAUAAAGAGAAUGAAUAAUUUAAACCCAGAAAGGGGCAGUGAGCACACUCUGGAUUUGAUGGUCAAGGAAGUACAUCUUCAGGAAGGCAGCAGCUUGGCUGAGACCUGAACGGCAAGGAGAACAUUCUGGACAGAGGAACAGCUAUUCUGGAGAGAGCCGAACAGUUCCGUGGAGUCUUCAAGAGGCCUUCAGGGAGCUGGAGGGAUGACUCAGAGACUACAAGCACCCGUGGCUCUUGCAAGUUCGGUUCUCAGCACCCACAUGGUAAUUCACAGCCAUCCAUAACUCUGGUUUUGGGGAUCCCAUGACCUCUUCGGACUUCCAUGAGUACCAGGCAGGCACGUGGCGCAUAGACAUGCAUGCAAGCAUAACACUUAUGCAAAUGAAAUAAAAUUAUUUAAAGAGAGAGAGAGGGAAGACUUCAGAUUUCCUAUAGUGGUUUUCCUAGUGGCUGAUUUUGGAAUCAAAAUAGUCAGUCAGUACCUGGGAGUUGAAUUUAUAUUGUGAAUCUCCAAUAAGAAGUACAAACAGAUGUUGAAAUAGAUGCCGGUCAGUGAUUUCACAAACACUGAAGGUGAGAAAUAUGUAUGUCUUAAGUCCCAAGCUGAGACUCAGAGGAAAAAAGUUCUCAUUGUAACUGAAGAAAGAAUUGGGAAAAGGAAUAAGGGGUGGGUGUCAUCCCAUAGACCACUGUUCAGAGAAUCAAGUUAAACUUAGACUGUAACAGAAUGGGUACCUCCAUGGUUCCCUGGUGAGACAACUUGCCAAAAUGUCCAGUUCAAAGACUCUUUCGUUCCCUUUGACUGUGACAGUGAAGACAUCUGUCGAUGGAAGCCACCAUUAGUCCCCUGCAGUCUUCAGAGAAAGCACACAGAGGAACCCUGUUCCUGUAAUGACUUCGGGAAGGCACUUAUCACAACCCAGAUGGUCAUCUCGUCAAGAAAACUCUCACUUCAGAGAAACUACGCCGCUGUGGUCAGUGUGAUGAGAACUUCACAUCAGAGACCCCCCUAAAAGGAAAGAGUGGCAGGUGUGAGCAGUGUGGGACCAGCUUCCCCAGGAGCAAGCCUGUUUGUCCGUCAAGCGGUCCACAUGGAUGAGAAACCUUACAAGUGUGACAGAUGUGGGAAGGGCUUCACCAGGAGCUCCAGUCUGCUCGUCCAUCACGCAGUUCACACAGGGGAGAAACCUUACAAGUGUGACCGGUGUGGGAAGGGCUUUAGUCAGGGCUCCAAGCUACACAUCCACCAGAGAGUCCACACUGGAGAGAAGCCCUAUGAGUGUAAGGACUGUGGCAUGAGCUUCAGUCAGCGGUCAAACCUGCACAUCCACCAGCGUGUCCACACGGGAGAGAGGCCGUACAAGUGUGGAGAAUGUGGGAAGGGCUUCAGCCAGAGCUCCAACCUCCACAUCCACCGGUGCACCCACACGGGAGAGAAGCCCUACCAGUGCUGUGAGUGUGGGAAGGGCUUCAGCCAGAGCUCAGACCUGCGCAUCCACCUCAGAGUGCACACCGGGGAAAAGCCCUACCACUGUGGCAAGUGUGGGAAGGGCUUCAGCCAGAGCUCCAAACUCCUCAUCCAUCAGAGAGUGCACACAGGAGAGAAGCCCUAUGAGUGCAGCAAGUGUGGGAAGGGCUUCAGCCAGAGCUCCAAUCUCCACAUCCACCAGCGGGUUCACAGGAAGGACCUUCCUUAAGUAGCAUGGGCCUGCUUGGUUCAGAACACUUUUAUUGUAAGGACGAAUAUUUUUAUGGCUGAGGGUACAGAUCAGUGGUAGAGUGCCUGCCUAGCAUGCAUAAAGCCCUGGGUUCGGAGCUGGGAGGUGGUGGCGCCCGCCUUUAAUCCCAGCAUUUGGGAGGCAGAGGCAGGCGAAUCUCUGUGAGUUCCAGGCUAACCUGGUCUACAAGAGCUAGUUCCAGGACAGGCACCAAAGCUACAGAGAAACCUUGUCUCGAAAAACCCAAAAAUAAAUAAAUAAAUAAAACCCUGGGUUUGAGUUCCAGUACCUGCCCCACAAAAUUUCCAGGUUAAUACUUUGUACUUGAAGGAGUGUGUGUGUUUAUGUAGAAAGGAGUACAUGUGCUGUGCGGGUAUGUGCAUGCAUGUGUGCACAUGGGUGUGGAGGUCAGAGGGCAUCUCAGGUACUCAGAUGCCUGUCACUUUUGUUUGAGAUUGGGGUCAAUCACUUGUGGUCUGGAAUGUUACCAAGUAAGUCAAGUAAGUCAGGCUGCAAGUCCCAUGGCUCUACCUGUCCCUGCUUCCCAGCUCACCACAGCUAGGUUUACACGUGUUUGAUACCACACCCAACUCUUUUAUGAGGAUUCUGUCUGGAGCUUGCAAGACAAGAGCUUUACUGACUAAGCUAUCUCCCCACACCCUGGAUUAAUACUUUUGACUCUUACCUUUGUAGUCCACAAAAGAAAGAGAUAGUAAAGAUUACUCAGAUGUAGUCCCUCACAGAAAAAAAUCAAUCCUUCAUUUAAAUAUCUGAGCACCCAGCACAUUUCACGUUCUACAAUGAAUGGACGAUUCUGGUUUCUCAAAUGGGUAGAGUGGACAUUGCAAUUCUGCUUGUGUUGUUAGAAGUACAUUCCACAAUUUUAACUGCAGGAACUUUGUAUUUUUCCAAGCACAGUAUGCUUCCUUUGUUCAUAUUCACGUUUCUAUCCGAAUUAUGUGCCAAGUUUUUUAUAUUCCUUUUACGUCCUAAAUAGCCCUCUUGAAACUAUGAACACAUAGUGUGUCCGUUUGAGGGUGGGGUGGGGAGCUGGCGGCCCAGUGGACAUGGAGAGCUGUUGUGUUCAAUACAGAAACUGUGCGUCAAGCUAUGGUCACAGUGCAGGAAGUGCUUCUCCACACACUACCGUGAUAGACACUGCUUCAGUCAGCCCCUCCUCUCAGGAGGCUGCUCAGGAAUGUGAAUAGAUUUUACUGAAUGAAGUGAGUGUGUUGAUAGUAAAAACAAGGGAGAAAUCUCUGAAGCAACAAAUCCAAAGUCAUUAGGAGAGUAAAGCUAGCACUGAGUACUGCUGAGAACAGACGAUCCAGCAGGAGUUCUGAGGCAGAACUGAAGAAAGUUGGGACAGGUGGGACAUGUGACAGCCAAUCAGCAGAGGCUAAAGAAACCAUCUUAAGGUCUGACAAAUCGUCAGGCAGUGGUGGUGCACAGUUUUAAUCCCAGUACUUGGGAGGCAGAGGCCGGCAGAUCAAAGCUACAGAGAAACCCUGUCUCAAAAAAUAAAAAAAAAGAAAAAAGAACAGCCAAAGCAAACAAACAUUUGAUAAAUUCAAAUUGCCUUAUGGAGAAAGUACUAAAGAUGGGCCUUUGAUAGGCAGAUCUAAUUUUCAGGACAGUGCUAAAUUCUGUCCUGGGAAUGUUUAUUUAAAGAUGGCAGCAGGAAUGCCUACAAGAGGACAUCAACACAUGAGAUCUCAGCAAAAACUAACAGGCUAGGAAGAUGGGUGGGUGGGCAUGGUAUCUGUACAGAAGUGGGCACGGUUUAUGCCACUCACAUAAGGGGAUAAGGAAAAGAAGACCUGUUUUGGUUUUAGGCCAAGAACUGCUUAAUAAAAUGAAGGAUGGGAAUGAAGCAUGAUGGGAAAGCCAUGACACUAAGGACCGAGGAUAUGUGUAACAUUCCCUUCAUCCCUUGAGUACGUGUUCUCUUCUGUAGCCAGAUUGUAGUUCUGUAUUUCCUGUUUCUCCAAUUACCAUUUCAUCAAUUUUAAGCUCCUACUUUACCACCUCCUUCUCUCUGCUUUGUGUUAAUUAAGUGUGCCUUUGCUUUUGAGAUGGGCUCUGUGGCCCAGGCUGCCCUUGGAUUUAUGAUCCUCCUGGCUUUUUCUAGUCUCUGGGAGAAACUGCUAUGAAUAGCCAGCCAGCCUGAGCUACCCUCCAGUAAAAUCUGGGAUGUCUCUUCUGGCUUUGGGAUCCUACAGUAGAGCAGCUCUUGCGCUCUGAUAUAUAAAGUUUCAAAGUUACAGAUCCUUUUCACAUUAAAAGGAAUAAGAGAAUUUU